GAGUCCGCCGCGCAGCUCGCGCUCGCGCUCCCCGUCAGCCUCUCCAUGAUCUGCAACCGCGUCAUGUCGCUCACGUCCGUCGCGUUCGUCGGUCACCUCGGCCCGCUCCCGCUCGCGGGCGCGGCGCUCGCGACGACGCUCGGAAACGUCACCGGGAACUCCAUCAUGGUCGGCAUGGCGAGCGCGGUGACCACGCUGUGCGGCGCCGCGUUCGGCGCGAGAGCGUAUUCGUCGCUCGGAGGCGUCCUCCAACGCGCGCUCAUCAUCUUGACGCUCGCGGCGAUUCCAAUCUGCGUCCUGUGGGCGAACGCGACGUCGCUGCUGCUCGCGAUGGGGCAAGACGAAGAAAUCUCGCGCGUCGCCGGGCGGUACAUCAUCGCGCUCAUCCCCGGUCUGGUGUUCUACGCGUGGAACAUAUGCGUGCAGGGGUUCAUGCAGUCGCAACGGCUGACCAAGCCGAGCGCCGUCGCCGGCGUCGUCGCCGCCGUCUUGCACGUCCCCGCGAACGUCGUGUUCAUGCGCGCGCUCGGGCUCGGGUACGUCGGCGCCGCGCUCGCGACGUCGUGGAGCAACGGCGUCGUGUUGACGAUCAACGUGGCGUACCUCGUGCGCGAAUCGCUCCGACGCGCGCGACGCGCGACGUGGACCGGCUGGAGCGCUCGCGACGCCUUCUCCGACUGGCCCGCGUUCCUGAGGCUCGCGCUCCCGGGCGUGCUCAUGAUGGGCGAGUGGUGGGCGUCCGAGGCGAACAUCCUCAUCGCCGGCUACCUCCCGAACCCGGAGCGAAACGUCGCGGGGGUGAGCAUCUUCCAGGUCACGAACGCGCUCGCGUUCAUGAUCCCCGUCGGGUUCAGCGUCGCGGUGGCGGCGCGCGCGGGUAACGAGCUCGGAUCACGCGCGCCCGCGCGCGCGCGCCACGCCGCGCGGUGCGCGUUCGUGUUGAUCUUGAUCGUCGAGGCGGCGGUGUCGGCGGUUAUUCUCCUCGCGAGAAAGUCGUGGGGGAAAAUCUACUCCGCCGACGACGACGUCGUGUCUCUCGUGUCCGCGCUGCUCGUGCCGCUCGCGAUAUACACCGCGUUCGACGGCGUCCUGUGCGUCGCGACGGGCGUGAUCAAAGCGUGCGGGAGGCAGGCGGUCGCCGGGCCGGUGGUUUUUUUCGCGUACUACGUCGUGGGGAUACCCCUCGCCGUCUACCUCGCGUUCGGGCCGCCGAAGAUGGGCGCGAUGGGGCUCGCGAUCGGCGCGACCGUCGGGACGGUGGUGCACUCGCUGAUCAUAUGUUUCAUCGUGUACAGGACGGACUGGUUCGGGGAGGUGGAGCGGGCGAGAGCGCGCCUC